AUGAAACCGGCGACAGCCAUGGCGAUGGACGUUGACGCUGCAAUGAUGCAGGCGGGAGGCUUUGGACGCUAUCAGAUGAUAAUAUUUACGGUCAUCUCUGUGAUGGAUCUGUGCGUCGCCUGGCAUGUGAUGUCGAUUAAUUUACAUCGGUGCAGAACCGAAUAUCACUGCAAGUGGGACCUCGUUUGCGACAUGAAGGUCGGUGUUCAACUGACGAUAACCGUGUACAUGUUUGGAAAGCUGUUCGGCGCUCUAAUAGCUCCACAGGUGGCGGAUUUCUUCGGGCGGAAGCCGACGGCGAUAUGUCUUGGCUUGAGUUACGUCGCGUUCGGCGUAGCGAAGGUCUUUACGCAGUCGUACGCUCAGUUCAUGGUCAUGCAUUUUUUCAUGGCUUUGUCGCAAACGGGCGCAGGCCUGGCCGCGUUCGUCCUGCUGUGUGAGUCGGUGCCUCAAUCGUCACGAGCCACUGUCGGACUAGUCUUCAUGAACGUGUGGAGUGUGGGCAUCAUGACACUGCCUCUGCUAGCGUACUUUAUACCCAACUGGAGAACCUUGCAACUCACUAUGGUGCUACCUAUGACUAUCACCAUCACCUAUUACUGGUAG